AUGGCCAACAACGAUGACGGUAGCAACACAGAGUAUUUGAAUCCUCCGUCAUCUUUUUCAUCACCAAUGAUGAACAGCAGCAGCAACAACAACACCACCACCACCACCACGACGACCUCCUAUUAUUCACCACCUACCAUGUCCACGUUCAAUCCUCAUGAAAUUUAUUCGAAACAACAACCUUCACCGGUGAUGAUGAUGCACCAACAAGAACCAUCCAACUCUAUGUACAUAAACCUUCCUCCCAAUGCCAUUCCUUUUCAUCAUUCUUCCUCCUCUUCAGAUAAUAAUAUCCCAUCCUCCUCCUCCUCCUCUUUUCAACAACCACAACAAUCACAACAACGCAUCAUUCGACCUCCACCCAUGUCUCUCUUCCUAGAAGGAGCAGAUGCUGCUGAACAAAUUCAAAAACAAUUGACCAUUAAGAAAGCCAUUGAAACCAUGACAGAGUCUUGUCUUUCAAAAUCCGUAUUUGCAGCUGUUGCUGGUACUGUACUCGGAGGAGCCUUUGGUAUCAUUAGUACCAGUUUUACUCUCGAAUCUACUCUCAUGAAAACACCACAACAAAUCAUUCGGGAAGAACAAAUGACUUCCCGAGAGAAGAUUAGGGAAUACUUUAGAGAAACAAAAACAAGAAGUGUUUCAAUGGCCAAGUCAUUCGGAGCAGUCGGUGCUCUCUACAGUCUAUUUGAAUGUACUCUUGAAAAAGUACGAGCAAAGAAAGAUGUUAAGGGAAGUUUAAUGGCUGGAUGUUUAUCGGGAGCAGUAUUGGCAAGAAAGGCUGGUGUUGGAGCCAUGGUGUUUGGUUGCUUAUCAUUUAGUGCUUUCAGUGGUGCUAUUGAUUAUUUCACUGAAUAUUCAUAA